AUGUCCACUACCACCACCGAGUAUGGCACCGCCAUGACCGUAACAGGAACUCAACGGAAAGGGCGCAUGGCCCUUGACGGGGCACCAACCAACUAUGGUGACUUCCGCGAUGCGCUCAACAGGGACGGAUACGCCGUCAUCAAGGGUGCGAUCCCGCUAGACCGCGCGACCAAGUACGCCGAUGAGUUCUAUAGCUAUCUGGAGGGUUUCGACCUCGGCUACGACCGCACCGAUCCCUCAACGGUGAAACCCUCAAAACUUCCCGUCAUCAACGAGAAGGGCAUGAUCCUGGCGUACGGAGUCACUCACGAGAAGUGGGUUUGGGAUAUUCGCGGCGAGCCGGGCGUCGUCGAUACCUUUGCUAAGGUCUAUGACGACGACGACUUGAUUGUAUCUUUUGACGUGGUUAAUGUUCAGUUUGCGAACCGGAAGGACAUGCCUGAGAACAAACCAUGGCCGCAUCAAGAUCAAGACCCCGCAAAGCCCGGUUUCCGCUGCCUCCAAGGUCUCGUGAACCUAAACCCCUGCGGCCCGAACGACGGUGGUCUCAUCGUCUGUCCAGGUGGACACAAGAUCUCCGAACAGUUCCACCGCGAGAUGGCCGAUGAGCCGCGCAUCCCCGCCUGGACACCGGAAUGGUUCGGCUUCACAGAUAACGGAAUGAAGUGGCUCGCGGACCACGGACUCGAUUGGGUGAAGGUAUGCGCGGAGCCAGGCGACCUGAUUAUCUGGGACAGCCGCGUGCCGCACUAUAACCUCCCGCCGUCUGGGAAGAACGAUCGCCUCGCGGUCUAUACGUGCUUCAUGCCGGUUGUGGAGGCGAGUCAGGAGGAUUUGGUCAGGAAGAAGAAGGCUUUUGAGGACCGCCUCGGCACUACGCACUGGCCGAACGCUGUGCAUGUUGGUACGAACCUUGCCAUGAGGGACGGGAAGCCUUGCCCCAAGGCUCGCGAAAGACCGAUCGAAGAGCCUAUUCUGACAGAGCGGACGUUCAAGUUGACGGGGAUUCCGUACAUUGAGCAGAAAGCUUAA